GCUAAGUAUUAUUCCCGUAUUGCAUGGGAAAUAUUAUCUCGUGAAGAAAGAGUUUUAUCAGUACGUGGUAUGAUAAAGUUCGAGUGUUUUGUAAAUAAAAUAUUUCUUGCAAAGGAUAAAUGUGCAUAUUUUUUGUUCGGAAAUAAUGAAAUCUAGCAAAAGCUAUGGAAGUACUGUCUUAUGGGGAGAAUUGCCUCCUAGAGAAACUUUGAAACAAGAAGUAAUUACACCAGAUAUUAUAGAAAAUGUUUGGAGACAAGUUAUGGAUGAAGCAAAUAAUACAGAUUGCGAUUAUCAGAUCGAUCGACAACCAGAAUAUAUACAGCUUCCUAUAGGAAACUUUCAUGUAUUAAAUACUAUAAACUUUCAUCAACAACUGAGAAUGAUGGAUGAAGGAACAGUAUUGGGAAAUUUAUCUGUGAUCGAAGCAGAGAAUUGUCAAGAAGAAUCUAAAAUACCAUGUAAUCUUUUUCGAUUUUUAUCUGCAGAUGUUGAAACAGACACAUUCAAAAAUUCCUCUACUGUUCAUCAUUUAACGUCAGAAACAGCGCAUAAUUUGUUAAAACAUGCUGUAAUCGUUUUAUUAGCUCACAUGGGUUUUGAAUAUUCAUCAGAUUUAGCUAUAGAAACGCUUACUGACAUUGCUGAUCAUUUUUUGAAAAGAAUGACACUUCUAUUGAAAGUAGCAGCUGAACAAAAAGAUCAUGGAUUCCCAGAUGCUAUGGAAAGAGUUUUAUUAGAAACAGGGAUAGGCGGGGUAACAGCUAUACAUGAUUAUUAUCAGGAAUAUAUUUUAAGAUUUGAAGAAAAUAUGAAAAGAAAAGUAGAAACAAUGAUGGAAAAACAAAGAAUAGUUUUGGAUGAAGCAGCUAGUAAGUUGCAAUUAGAUGAAUUAGAUGAAUUUGGUAAUGUUUAUCGAGAAGUACCAACACUUCAAUUAUUAGAUCCAGAUAUGGGAUUUCCACCUAGUCUUGAUGCUGGUUUUCAAAUGCUCUACAGUUUAGAACAAGACGAACUAAACAGUUUGGAAAUAGAGGAAGAAGAAGUAAAUGUAAGCGAUUCUCCAAAUACAGGACGAUCUGAUAUAUCUGCUGACAAAAAAAAUAACAUCCAAAAUAAAUAAAUCAUUUCUUUACGAUUUUUUACUUAACGUUUUAAAAAAAUAAUUAAGAUAAUAUUUAUUAAGAAAAAAAAAUUGUAAAUAUGGAUUUUUCAUU